CUAAACAUGUUGAAGCAAUCAUCAAGUAGGAAUAUGAGGACAAAAGGGUUCAAAUUAAAGCAUGUUUUUCAAGGAUUUGCAAUGUUUUUGAUAUGUUUGUGGUUGAUUUACCAAGUAAAACAGUCAUACAGCAAGACAAAAGUGGGUGAAAAAUCAUUGAAGGAACAAGAUUUGCAAAAAGCUGUGAAGUUAGGGAGGAAAGAUCUGAAUCCCUUGCUGUUAGAUGAGUUAGCUGCUGAGUUUCAAAAAAACCCAGAGGAAGAUCUUGAAUUGGAAGAAUUAGAUGAAGGGAAAAAAGAUGAGAAUGAUGGAGAUGAUGAGGGUGAUGGAGUUGGAGACCAUGAACAAUUGGAAGAUAUAAUUGAUGAAGAUGCAACAAGUAUAGAUGCAGUUUGA